AUAAGCAACGCCUGGCACUCAUUCUCACCUUCGAGGCAGAAGAAGACAGAGCUCCCAACAAGUGUCAGACCGUCAUAGAGGAAAUGCAUGACGCUGAACUGUACACAGCAUCUCAUGAACUUCAGAAGAGAGACGCUGUCCAGGUCUUAACUGAGUAUUUAAACUCCAUGAGCUGGAAACCCGGGGACCGAGUACUGGACUUGGGUUGCGGUCCAGGAACUGUGACCUCGCAAGAGUUAAUGCCUCGCUUGCCAGCAAAUUUCGGAAUACUGGUAGGAGCAGACGUGUCGCCUGUUAUGGUUCAGCACGCUACCAACAGGUAUACACAUCCGAAACUGAGGUUUGCACAAUUCGACCUCAGCAAGGACAUACGAGGUACCUCAGAAAUUUCUGCACUGGGCUUCGACAAGAUAUUCUCCUUCUACUGUCUUCAUUGGAUUCCAGAUCAAAGGAAAGCUGUGAGUAACAUAUACCGUUUACUGCGAACUGGAGGAGAAAUACUUCUUGUGUUCUUGGCAAAAUGUCCAAUAUUCGAAGUAUACAGCGCCCUUUGCCAGAAACCAGAGUGGCGGAUCUACAUGACGGAUGCCCAUCGAUUCAUAUCGCCUUAUCAACAAUCAACAGAUCCUGGUGAAGAAUUUAGCAAAGUUCUACUCGACACGGGGUUCGAAGUUGUCGACUGUGAAUGCAGAGAAAGUAAAUACUCCUACAACACUGUUGCUUGUCUUAAAGAGUCCAUGAAAGCAGUCAACCCAUUUCUUGAACGGAUACCAACAGAACUACAUGAAGAAUAUCUCGCCGACUGUCUAAUGGAAGCAGAAAAACAGAAAUUCGUGGAAACAAACAAUAACAUUGAACAAAAAGUUUCUUCAUUCAGUUACGAAAUCAUUGUGGCACAUGCAAGAAAAAUAUAAAUUUAUAUUCUCCUGCCACCUGUUGGUUCUUUCAUGUAAAUAGUGUCAAUCUCGGAAGCUCAGUUGGUAUUACAUCACAGCAUACUAAGCAAAUUGUGUGUACAGUGUGGAUCAAAUUAGGUUUGCAUUUAGAUGUGAAUUUGUGUGUUCAAGAACCAUGCAUAUGCGUAGUGCAAAUAUUAGACAGCAUAAUACAUAAGCACAUGAUCUUAUUUUGCCUUAGAAGUAUUAUUAUUUUGUCGAUACUAAGGAAAUAAAUCUUUCCAAACGUUAACUAUAAAAUUCCCUCGUCGAAGACAUACACAGAUGUUUCGGUAAAAUAUCAUACACAAGGAUCCUAAAUUCCAAAGUGAAUUUCCGUGAUAAGGUACGUCAGGUCAGUUAUAAAUACAUGCUCCGUUACUGACAAAUAUUUCCAUGUGCGCACAUACCAUACCGUAUCUACCUAUUAAAGAGACAUUGAUAGCUGCCGAAAAACUGAACUUGUACUUUCAUAGGAACUUGCCCCCUAUCUAUGACUCAAAUAUCAAAAACAUAUUCAACAAUGCCUUUACUUUUAUGAGUUUAAUAUGUUGUUUAUGAAAACGGAUGUUUCAAACCUCAAGACUUCAUUACCAUCGAAAGUAGCCGAUGCAAAGAGAAUGCCACCUGCUACCUAUCUUCACAUUUUCCGUCCACUUAAACUCAUUAGUAUGUACCUAUUAUCGCACAAUUCCAUUACAUUUAAUUUAAAACACUCCCAGUAUCCCCUGAAAUAAUUGAAUGAAACUGUAUUGGUAAUAUCAUGAAAUAUAUAUUGAUAUAUGACUA